AUGGCAGCCGCGGACAUCGAGCAGAUGAACAAGCUCAGGAAGAGCCUGGGCUUACCAUUACUCAGUGUAAGUGGACAGCCUCCGCCAUCGUCUGAAGGACCAUCAUUCAAAGAACAUUCUCCAAGCGACGGCGGUGACGACAGCGACCAAGAGCCUGCAUCUACCCUCGAAACUCGAGAAGCCGCUGGGUUUGGGAACUACAACAAAGUCCGCGAAGAAGAACAGAAACGCCUUGAGCGAGAAAAGCGGAAACGAGAGAUCCAGAAGAGACGCGAUGCCGAGGCCAGAGCCAAAAAGCUCGAGGGGCGGGGUCUUGGGGAAGUUGAUGACGACAUCGACGACACGAAGGCAUGGUUGAAAGGACAGAAGAAGCGUCAAGCAAAGAUCGAGCGGGAAAGAGCAGAGCGUUUGGCCCGAGAACUGGCGGAACGAGAAAGAGAGGCAGCGAUUGAAUACUCUGCCAAGGAUCUUGCUGGUGUCCAGGUCGCACACGAGAUUGGCGAUUUUGAUGAAGGCCUAGGUGAACAAAUCCUGACUCUCAAAGACACCGAGAUUGGCAAGGAUGAGGGGAGCGAAGAGGAAGAUGUCCUUGAAAACGCCGAAAUCAUCGCUCGCGACAAGGUCAAAGAGAAGCUCGAGCUGAAGAAAAAGAAGGCAUAUGAUGUCAACGACGAUUCAGAGAAGGGUCUUUUAUCGCAAUAUGACGAGAAAAAACGAAAGGCUUUCAAGCUGGAUGCUCAAGGUGCCUUGGAUGACCGUGAGGCUAAACGCCAGCAGAUUGGGGAUGUAUUGAAACACACAGUCAGCCUUGAUAUCUUGAAGCCUGAACCCGUUUCAGACUACAUGGAGAUCAAGAUCAAGAAGCCCAAAAAGAGUAAAAAGUCCUCGAAGCGGCAGAAAGUGGUAGAUGAAGAAGACGACAUAUUCCCUGUGCAGACCAUCACAAAUGGUGAUGACAUGGAAGUCGACUCUGCUCAAGCGACUGUCCGAACUCGGAAAGUCAACGACGACUUUAAUGACGACGACGACGACCUUGCGAAAGCCCUCGCCAGAAGACGAGCGGCAGUGCUGAAGAAGCAAAAACGGAAACCUGAAGAUAUUAUAAAACAACUGCAGGAAGAAGAGCAGAACGAAGCCGAAGCCGAAGCGUCAGGGGAAACUGACGGGGGCCUUGUACUAGAUGAUACGACUGUAUUUCUGGAUAAUUUGUCAUCUCGUCCAAAGGACGAACAGCUCGAUUCAAAACCUAUAAGAUCAAUCGAGAAGGAAGAGUCGCCGGAGCCGUCAACUGCAAAACAGGAAGACGAAGAUCAACCUAUGGGCGAAGCAUAUUCUGGUGUGGAGAAUGAAGAAGAACUUCUUGAGAGGCUACGACGGGAACAAGCUACCCACACUCCUGAUAUUUCUCACUCCGGUCUUGACGAAGAGAAGACACUCGAUCAGGGUAUUGGAGCUGCUCUCAGUCUCCUCCGACAGCGAGGACUGGUCAAGGAGAGCGAUGCACGUGAUAAGAAUUCUUUGUACAAAGAUCGGCAAAAGUUCAUUAUUGAAGCACGUCUCCGUGAGCACGAGAAUGAACAGAAGGCGCGUAUGCAGCGUGAGCGCGACCGACAGUCUGGCAAAUUGACUGGCAUGUCGGUCAAAGAAAGGGAGGAGCAUGCGCGUUGGCAAAACACGCAACGAGAACACCAGAGCUCCAUCCAAGCUGCUGCCGCCUUCAAUCGCGAGUACAAGCCAGAUGUGCAGAUCAAAUAUGUGGACGACGAUGGUCGGCUGAUGAAUCAGAAAGAGGCGUUCAAGCAUCUCAGCCAUCAAUUCCACGGCAAGGGCAGCGGUAAGCUGAAGACCGAGAAGCACAUGAAGAAGGUAGCAGAGGAGAAGAAGCGCGAGGCUGCAAGUAUUUUGGACAGCAGCCAGGCGACAGGAAUGAAUAAUGCUCAAGGGGCCAUGGGAAAGAAGAACAAGCAGGCUGGAGUUCGAUUAGCUUGA